CUUCCGGAGUCGGAAAGCUAGCUACCAACAGUAACUACGUUUAGAGCACCUGAAUACUUUUAAUGAAUCUUUUGCGUAGGUUUUAGGUUUAUGUUGCUAGUGUGACUUUCAAUAUGUCUAAAAGACACCGUUUAGACUUGGGAGACGAUUACUCCACUAAAAAGAGAUCUGAUGGAAAAGACCGGGACAGAGACAGAGAUCGUGACGAUCGUUCCAAGGACCGAGACAGAGAUCGCGACAGGGACCGGGACAGGGACCGAGAUCGAGACCGCGAUAGAGACCAAAAGCCACCAGGAGUGGCCCCCAUCAUGGCUGGGGGUGGGAUGCCCCAAGUCAAGCAGAUGGUCAUGAACCAGCAGAUCAACCCCUUCACCAACCUCCCACACACACCGCGUUACUACGAGAUCCUGAAAAAGAGGCUGCAGCUGCCCGUUUGGGAGUACAAGGAACGCUUCAACGAGAUCAUCACACGCCAUCAAAGCUUCGUGCUCGUGGGAGAAACCGGCUCUGGAAAGACCACGCAGAUCCCCCAGUGGUGCGUAGACCUGGUGAAGGGAAUACCGGGGCCAAAGAGGGCAGUGGCCUGCACCCAGCCCAGGAGAGUGGCAGCUAUGAGCGUGGCCCAGAGAGUGGCAGACGAGAUGGAUAUAAUGCUAGGACAGGAAGUGGGCUACUCCAUUCGAUUUGAAGACUGCAGCUCCGCAAAAACGAUACUGAAGUAUAUGACAGAUGGUAUGUUGCUGCGCGAGGCCAUGAACGACCCUCUGCUGGAGCGAUACGGAGUGAUCAUCCUGGAUGAGGCUCACGAGAGGACGUUGGCCACAGACAUCCUGAUGGGUGUGUUGAAGGAGGUGGUCCGCCAGAGGUCGGACCUAAAGGUCAUUGUCAUGAGCGCCACGCUCGAUGCCGGAAAGUUCCAGGUGUACUUCGACAGCUGCCCCCUGCUGACCAUCCCGGGGCGCACGCAUCCUGUGGAGAUCUUCUACACCCCGGAGCCGGAGCGCGAUUACCUGGAGGCCGCCAUCCGCACCGUCAUCCAGAUCCACAUGUGUGAGGAGGAGGAGGGAGAUGCCCUGCUCUUCCUCACGGGUCAAGAGGAAAUCGACGAGGCCUGUAAAAGGAUCAAACGCGAGGUCGACGACCUCGGCCCCGAAGUGGGAGACAUCAAAAUCAUUCCGCUGUAUUCCACGCUGCCCCCCCAGCAGCAGCAGAGGAUCUUCGAGCCCCCGCCCCCCAGAAAACCCAACGGUGCCAUCGGAAGAAAGGUUGUGGUGUCAACAAACAUUGCUGAGACGUCCCUAACUAUUGACGGUGUGGUGUUUGUAAUCGACCCUGGUUUUGCCAAGCAGAAGGUGUACAACCCUCGUAUCAGGGUAGAGUCUUUGCUCGUCACGGCGAUCAGCAAAGCCUCGGCCCAGCAGAGGGCGGGCCGUGGCAGGACACGCCCAGGGAAGUGCUUCCGUCUUUACACUGAGAAGGCUUACAAGACAGAGAUGCAGGACAACACAUAUCCUGAGAUUCUCAGGUCCAACUUGGGAUCUGUCGUACUGCAGUUAAAGAAGCUGGGUAUCGAUGACCUGGUGCACUUUGACUUCAUGGACCCGCCAGCCCCUGAGACUCUGAUGCGUGCCCUGGAGCUCCUAAACUACCUGGCAGCACUGAACGACGACGGCGAUCUGACCGAGCUGGGCUCCAUGAUGGCCGAGUUCCCCCUGGACCCUCAGCUGGCCAAGAUGGUGAUCGCCAGCUGCGAGUUCAACUGCUCCAACGAGAUCCUGUCCAUCACUGCCAUGCUGUCAGUCCCACAGUGCUUCGUCCGCCCCACUGAGGCUAAGAAGGCGGCGGACGAGUCCAAGAUGAGGUUUGCCCACAUCGACGGGGACCACCUGACCCUACUCAACGUCUACCACGCUUUCAAACAAAACCAUGAGUCUAACCAGUGGUGCUACGACAACUUUGUCAACUACCGGUCGCUGAUGUCGGCCGACAACGUACGCCAGCAGCUGUCCCGGAUCAUGGACCGUUUCAACUUGCCGCGCCGCAGCACAGAAUUCACUAGCAGAGACUACUAUAUCAACAUCCGCAGAGCGCUCGUCACUGGCUUCUUCAUGCAGGUAGCUCACCUGGAGCGGACGGGUCACUACCUGACAGUGAAGGACAACCAGGUGGUUCAGCUGCACCCGUCCACAGUCCUGGACCAUAAACCAGAGUGGGUGCUCUACAACGAGUUUGUCCUCACCACCAAGAACUACAUACGCACCUGCACAGAUAUCAAACCCGAAUGGUUGGUGAAGGUGGCCCCUCAGUACUAUGAAAUGGGCAACUUCCCACAGUGCGAGGCUAAGAGACAGUUGGAGCGGAUUGUUGCCAAACUCCAGACCAAGGAGUAUUCUCAGUACUGAGCACCAGCAAAUGAGAAGAGGAAUACUCUAAUUCUAGAAAGAGCUUGGCGCAGUUGAACUUUUAAGUUGUACUAUUCUAUCUUAAUGUUUCCGCCAUUGAAAAUUUGAUUUUUAUAACUUUUCUCAGUUUGCUGUUUUUCCUUUCGUCCUUUUUGAUAGCAAAGUGUACAACUGUUAGCAUCUAUGAUAUUGAUUUCAAUGGCGAAUAUUAGGCUACAACUAUCAAGAUUUUCAAAAGGAAUACAAUUUACAGGAUAAGCAUGGAAGCUCAUGUGGAUAUUGUUGAUGUUCCUCUAGAAAAUUGUGAACCCUGAAAAUUUCACUUGCUUAGAUUGUCCUUGUUUCUUCAAUAAAGAAGCUUUGACUUGUAUGGAUUAA